AUGCAGGCGCCACAAGACGCACUCAAAUACAAGUGCGCACCAAUUAUGCCAAACGUGUCUUAUUACAGUGAAGUGUUUCUGGAGAAAGGAAGGAGGUACGCUCUGAAGGGUUCUGUUCAAAUUGCAUGCAACGGUUAAGGCUUGUCUCAAUCACCGACAAGGCUGUAAUUAUCAGAAUAACGCAACCAAUAUUUUUGCACUUGUGGAGCACUUCAGCUUCCCCACAAAGAACUGUAAUUAGCCAGCAGAUGGCGCCAGAGAUGGAGAGCAACCUACUCUGAAAAGGGCCAGAGAGAGGCAAGAUGCAGAGGGUUCCGUAGUAAUAGCUUGUGCUGGUGACUGAGCUAAAAAGAAAAGGCAUUUAAAAACAAAAAACAACAAAACAUGCAUGACCCCAGGGAGCAGGAACUGUAAGGAAGCAGGGGGACAGAGGUCUAUGGGGUCAAUCUACCAGACUGGGGUCAAUCUUGAGUGUGAAGUUGUUACGGAGCAAUGUUGCCUGAAUGUGUUGCACGUGUUGGCUCCACACACACCCUGAACAAAUGAUAAUUUAAAUUUGGAGGUGGGGGGGAGGGGUAGUGUUUGUCAGAGGUGCUGGAUUUAUGAGAUAAGAACCCCCUUGUUACUGUGUUUGUGCCCGUCGUUUAAUAGACUGAUAUACUUACCGGUUUGUCCUUCCCUCUGAGGCUUAAGCAGCCACUUCCAAAGCCCGUGCCAGAUUCUGAAUCUGGCCAUCUGCUUCCUUGUGGGAAAAUGCUGAGGGCUGUACUCAGGGUAGGGGGGCAGGCAGAUCACCCUCACAGCUACUACAGUAUUUGCAUGAGGAGAAAACACCCCACUGGAGAGUCUCACACAAUUACUGCUUUACCUGCAGUUACCGCUUCUGCUUUACUUUGCUUUGACCACUCUGAAAUGUUGUGUAAGUGAAUAAUAAUAAUAAUAAUAAUAAUAAUAAUAAUAAUAAAUAUUUAGACUGUGCUGGAACCAUGCUAUCUUUGACUUAGGGGUUGAAGCCAUGAAAGCCAGAGUUGGCCUAGACAGGCAGUCCCCACACUGUCCAAUGACUCCAGGGCAGGUUUAUCUAUCCUUGCAAAAUGGUGCAUCUGAACAGGACUAGCAUUUUGUUUUCUGUAUGAACUAUAUCUGCCUCUCGUCAGAACAGUUAAAAUAAAAGCAAAAAACCCUCUCUCUCUCUCUCUCUUUUUUUCUCUCUCUCUCUCUCGGAACAAUGCUUCAAAAGGCUUUUCAUUUUCUGCAGACCUGCCUUGACACUACAAUAAAAAUGAAAGGCACUGUCAAACCCUUCAAGUUUCCCUAUUUUCCAGGGAGGUCCCUGAUUUAGAGAAGCCGCCCGGCUUUCUGAUCUGAUUCUAGAAUGUCCCACAUUUCCUUAGGUUGUCCCUAUUUUCACUGGAGAAAUGUUGGAGGGUAUGGAGUUAUCCGACCCCUGAGCUGUUUGAAGGCAAUCCUGUAUAGAUAAGUUUUUUAAAAAAUGUUUAAUGUUUUAUUAUGUUCUUGUAUAUGUUGGAAGCUGCCUAGAGUGGCUGGGGAAACCCAGUAAGAUGUGUGGGGUAUAAGUAGUUAUGGAAUGGGACGUUCCUAUUUUCAUCGGAGAAAUGUUGGAGACUAUGCACGGUUUGAAAAUACAAAUUGAUGAAAGGGUAGAACUGCAACAGGAAAAGUGCUGUGCAACAGCAGACAAAGGCCAACUUAGGAGCUGCGCCAUGUGAAUAGCACCAGAUAUCACAAACGUUUCUUAACCAUUAACAGAAUGUAAGCCUUGAAACACACUGGGUUUUCAUACUUUAUGCCAGAAAAAUGCCCCUCAUCCUGACUGAUGGGUGUGUGUGCAAGGCAACCAGAUUAUCACAGGACCCUUGUAUGUAUAUUCUCAUUUGCUCUGUACAAAGACACAGUACACCUUCAUAGCUCCCAGUUACUGGAGGCCAAUCUGCUGCCCCAUAUGCAUUUUACCUGGACUGCAAUUUUGGCAGCAUUUUUUUUUUACCUCAAAUGACAGCCUUAUGUGGGAGAAUAAUGAAAGCAAUACCAAUAAUAAAUAAUAAUAAAUAAAAUAAUAAAGCAAUACAUUCAUUAAGAGAAGUUGACCCUGGUGUCCUAUGUAGCAGCAUGUCUUUCUUUUGGUUCUGUGGGAAAUGGCAGUUGGGGGUUCCUAGCUAGAUGGAUUCAGCCCUUGCUGAACUGGUUAUUUUAUGUUAGUGUUUAAUGGAAUUAAACAGCAACUCUUAACUAAGCAAGUGCUGAAGAUAAGCUUAUACAGCACGAUUCCUUCAGUACCGGUAGUGUUUCUGCCUUAUACUGUAUUGCCUUGUCUUUCUUUAUAUAAUUUGGUAAAAUAUAAUUAUUAUAACCUCUAGAUGGCAGCAAUGUAACCUACAUUCUUGCUGGGAAAGGAAGAUCUGCCCCCCCCCAAUAAUUUUGUAACAUUUGGACCUACCACUGGCUACUGAAAUGGAUGGUAGCGUUCAGGUGGGAAGGCCCCAUAUGGUUCUACUGUUUGUAUAUUUACCACACUUGUGGGAUUGUGUUAUAGCCCCCUGGUACAUGGGUUCACAUUUACUUGCUUAGUGUGUGAAGAGGUCCUCAAGGCACAACACAGAGGGAAAACUCACCAGGAGUGUGUGGCCCUUGAAUUACAAGGCAAAUCAGGGUGAUUGGGGGAAGGCUCUCGCGUUUUUGAGUUGAAUUGUGCUGUUGACAAGGCAUCUUGGGGUAGAUCAGGGACUCCCUAAGUUCCUGAGUCACUUCCUUGGCUAUCCAAAAAAUAUGCUCAGAGAUUUUUUUUCCUUCUGAGAAAUGAAACUAAGCUGAUGGGAGAAACACCCUGAGUUUGAACAGGGAGGGUAUAGAUAGGGGGGGAUCUUUAAUUUUGACAGACAGGUCUAGAUUUUAAUCACAUUUCCCCUGGGUAUUCCACUCCGAAGAAUUUGGUGGAGAGGUUAAAAGCUGUUUGUUUUGCACACUAAUCUAUACUUUCUCCUAUGGAAAUCAGUGGAGAGAUCUACCUUUUCCAGGGAGAAGAGGCUGUAGCUCUCAAAAUCUAUGAUGUGGGGAGAAGCUGACCCCCACCAAUGACCUCUGAGGCAGCAGCAUAUUUGCUGGAUUUGAGUUCAUGCAUGUGUGUGUGACAUUUUAAAGAGCAGCUUUAAAACAGAUCAGGCUGCUUCUCAAAGCUUCUGACAUAGAUGGAAGUCAAAUUGUAUGUAACGUUUAUCAGUUUCAGUGCAGUACUGCGUGAUAAUGUGUGCAUGCAGCUUAAAAUAAUAAUUUUAUUUGCAAAGGAAAUGUUUUAUUUGUCAAAUAAUUUUGAAGAGAAAUAUAAAAGUGUACACGCAGCUUAUGAUGCCAUUAAAAUGUGCUGAUGGUUAUUUUUCUGAAUAUGAAGAGCUAUACAAGUUUAAUUUUUUCUGCUCUGCUGAACAGGGUGGUUUGUCUAAUUCAUAGCCUUUUUUUGAAUGUGACCCUUCGCAGCACCCUAUACUCACUUUCCUGAGAGUAAAAUUGUAAUCCUAAUACCAUUUACCUGGAAGUGAACCCUACUGAAUUCAAUAGGACUUGCUUUUUAGCAGACAUGGUUAGGAUUGUUCUGUAAACCAAUGGGACUUAUUUUUGAGCAGAUACAGGAUUAUCUCUCUCUUCCCAUCCAAUGCUAUUUUAAAAGCAAUUCGGCAGUGCUUUCUUGGGUGCCACUGCUGUUGUCUGGCAGAUUGUGGGGACGGAUGGGGCAAACAUAAGUUGCUUCUCUGGAGGAAGGAAGGGGAACUGGCCUGCUCACUCAGCUGCCGUGGAGGCAAGGGGCACAGGUGCUUAGGGGGUUCAGUUGACAGUUACAUCCUGGAAACAUGGGGAUGCUGCCUGAAGCAGGGUCCUUCACCUGAUGACCAGGGGAGAUUCUUGCUCUCUAGCUGUACUGUGUCAUUUUUCAACCUGUGUGGUACAUUGCACUGUCAGAACACCUGACACACAAAUGGAGAGCCCUUAAUGGUUCAUCAGAAACAGACCACAUUUAUUCAAGUUUUCCUUCUAUGUUAACUCAUCUGCAGAGCCCACUAAAACCCCUGCUCCACAGAUAAAUAUGUGGAGAGAGGCUCCGCUGAGAACAAAAUUGACUCACCUUUUUCUUCUUUUAUGUGAUAAUUGUAUGUGUCAUUGCACUCUCAGUUGUCUCCCAGGUUUCCCCUCCCCUCUGUUUUCUCAUUUCAUGUUAUUUUUCUAUUUUUAUUGUUGAUUGUUACAUUCAUUAUUCAUUCUGCAUUUUGUAUGUGUUUAUGUCAAUAACAAUUCUUUAUGAAUAAUAAUAAUAUACUUUUUUUUUAAGGCCAUAGCAUUUUUCAUCAGCCAAAGGCGCUAGGCGAGCCUCCCCAGGGAGAGCCUUCCACAAAUGGGGAGCCACUGCAGAAAAGGUCCGUUCUCGUGUUGCUGUCCACCAGACAACGCACAGCAAUGAUUCAAACCUACAUUGCAAAAAAAUAAACAUCCGCUCCUGCGGGUAAGUGUUCCUUUAAGUUGGCAUGCAGAAAGAUCAAUUGAAACGUAGUGGCACAGGUUUCACCACAGCUCUGUACUCUACGAGCAACAUUCACGACCAAAAUAGUUCUAAUUAUUAUUUGCCACAGUACAUUAACAAAACACCAGACAGAGAUUCUGUGGGAGUUUCAGUGCAUCAUAGGAACCCCUUGCUGUUGACAGUAAAGAAAUGUUUGGAUCAUUGAAGCCGACUGCCUGUGUUUCUACAAAUUGAUGUGGAUUAUUUGUAGACUGACACUGAUCAUGCCUAGGUGUUGAUAAUGGAUAUGUGCUGUUUGCAUAUACAGAUCAAAUAACUAAGAAUAAAAGAAUCAGGGUUCAUGCCUUUUCUUUUCAAAAGCUUUUAAUAGUACACAUUUGUUUUUGUCAUUUGUAAAGAUUUACACUCAUAAAAAAAAAACAUUUUAACCCAGUAUUCCCCAAUAGUACCAUCUUUUGUUGCCCUCACCAAACACCCAAUUUUAGGUCUCUAUACCUGAUACAGUUUAACAAUAUAUUAUCUAUUAAAUACAAAGUUCUAAAAUAGUUACUAGGUUGUUAAUGGACAUUGGUACUGCGGCUACUCUAGUAAUUUUUGUGAAAGAUUCUAUGUGGGUUAUUAUAGUCAGUGAGGCAUUGAAGGGGAAACUGAGGCAUACUUUACAAUUAUAAACCCCCCUUUCCUGUCCAAAACCAGAUUUUCUGUUGAGUGCAAUUUACAGAAGCCAAAAACAUUGUAUCUUCUUCCAAAUUAUCUACAGUUUAAAUAACCUGUAAUCUACCUAAAAGUUAUAGAAAUACCAUGUGCAAUGUUUGCAAGUAUGGAAUUUACAUUUUUCUUUUUCCUCCCUCAGACAUGGUAGUAAGUGUUUACCCUCAUAAUAUACACUGGCAAAAGCAGAAUACUCUCUUCCUACCAGUAUACAGUAAAUCCACAAUAUUAAAGUGCUGGUGUGCUUUAAAACAAACUGGAUAGCAUUUCUCGUUUGGGUUUACUAGGGGCAAUAUGCUUUAAGUUAGUAUGUUUUAAAAUAACAACAACAACCUAACAACUAAGAACUGCAGCAUCAAAGAAUAGGAAAAAUCCCGUUCUAAACACACUCAGAUGCACCAGAGUCCCAGUGAAGUCAAUAGGAAUCACAUACAUAUAAAUGGCAAAUUCACAUAACUGUCCCCACCCUCUAAUGAUUGCAACUUGCAAUCAUUUGAAGCACCCAUUACUUGUCAGUAAGGCUGUCAAUAGAGUCAGAAUUUUUAUCUGAUCAAUAAUAGACUUUAAAACAGAUUAAAUGUUCAUAAAUUAGCAUGUUACAAAAACCUCAUUAGUAUAGCAUUUUUCUUGCAAAUAAAAUUAAUUUGUGACAUGAAAUCUUAGUUAGUUGCUCUCUAAGCUAACCUACUCGUUUUGUUCAAAUCCCAGUGAUAUAUAUUCAGAAAGCUCAUUGAAUUCAGUGGGACUUACUCAGUAGAAAGUGUGCUUUAGAUCAUAGCCUUACUGUGUAAUUCUUUACAUGCCUACACUCAGGGUAAGUGUGUAAAGGAUUGCAGCCUUGUUCUACUAAUCACACUGAAAAAAAUGACUGAAGUUUUAUAACCCUCAUCAGCCAUUAACAAAUCAGUGGAGAAAAGAGCCAUGAAUGUAGCUGAAUUUAUUUCGUGGGUGCAUGCAGUCCACAUCCAAAUGAAUUCAGCAGGGGGAAAAAAUCUUAAUGCUUGAGAUGCAGUCAUUUCAAUAAUAGCUGCUGAAAUGAAUGAUAGUUGGGCAAGAGCAGGUUGCUUGUGUAGUGCAUCUACUAUGAAAUUGUCAAGCGAUUGGCCUCUUCAAAAUGUGUUUAGAACAGGGAGCUAAAAUUAAGUUCUCAAAUCCUUACCCUUGAUAUUGGAAAAACAGGUAAAAACACGUAUCUCAAAACAUAUCAGCUCUGGUCUCAAAAGCCUCAGACUAAAAUGCCAGAACUUAGGCCUCUUCUGUUUCCAAGAUGCUUGGCAGGCUUGACAAUUGCUCUAGAGAUUUCUACAAAAAUAUAUAUUAAAAAAUCAGCAUAACCAUUCUACAGAAUUUGUGUAUUUCUCUUUAGAACCUUUUUGUUUUCUUAAAAAAAGUCAAAUUAUAUAUAUAUUUCAAAAAAGCCCAUCCCAAAGGUAUUUAAAAUUCUUCGAAGAUUAUUGCACAUGCUUUAGUACUGUAAUUGGAUUUUCAAAAGGGCAACUAGAAAAUAUUUGUAUCACAAAGUAGUUUACAUGCAUUAUUUUCCUGAACGCAUUAGGUUACAGUAAGUUUUGUAUUGAUCUUUUUAUUGAAUAUGAUUUUAUGAAGCAAAUCUUUGCUUUAUUGAUAUGCACAUGGAGUUUCUGAGUGGGAAAAUCCCCAAGCGCUGAAAACAGAACAUCUUUAAACAUUUUUUUUUUUAAGGAUAUUGUUACAGUUCUUGAGAUUUCAGUGUACAUUACAUUUUGCACCACAUUCCCCUCUGAAAUAUUGCACAUUAUGCUCUUUGUCUGUAGUCUUUGUAGAUUUGAUUGCAGCCAGAUCAAUACUGUACAUUUUAACAAUUGCUGAAAUUGUGUACCAUCAUUUUAUUGACACCUCGCUAUUCCAUUAUCAGAAUCCCUUUGCCAGGGGUGGGGAACCUGCAGCCCUUUGUGUUGUUGCACUCAAACUCCCAUAUUUCCUGACUAAUGACAUGCUGAAUGGGGCUGAAAGGGAAAUAUGGUUGAAUAGCAUAUGGAGAGCCAUAGGUCCCUCACCUCCGCUGUAUGCAGAUGUUUGAAGCUAAGCAUAGUGAGAAGAUCAAGACCAUGUUCCUUUGCAUGACUCACUUCUGAUAUCUGUGUAUUACUUUGCCAUAUUUACACUGUAGCCUAUGCUUGCAGAGGCCAAUGAAAGUCACCCCUGCCUGCCAUCUGUAUAUUCUAAUAUUGGGUACAUAGAUUGUGAGGUUGGGAACGACAUGUGUUGGGCUCUAUGUGUCUAGCCCCCUACGCACACAAGUUGGAUAGAUGAAUAUGCAAAUGGCAGGGUUGCCUGUGUGUGGGAGUGGGAACAGAAAAAAGGAGCAUGGUCCCUGAUACAUUGUCCUUGCAUAGCUUUGAAUAUCUGCAUAGGGCUUUGGUGAAUGAGAAAAAACCUCAAAACCAAAGCAAAGGAUUAAACAUAUUUCCAUCUUAUUGUGCUGUCUUUUAAUCCUCCCCUCCCCCCAUUAACCAGAGAAAAUUACAAUGAUAGACCGGUUUCUAAGAAUUGCACUAAUUGUGGUAAUAUGGUCAGUAGGUCCAAAAAUCGUAACUUUUAGUUGAUGAAUUUGUUGAAUUCAAAAUUUCACAUUCUAUUUCAAACUCAAUGGCUUGGAGAAACAGAAGCAUUGGGGUGUUCAGGAUAUUGCACAAGCAGGGAUGAUACUGAACCAAGAUUCUAUUGGCACAGAGAGCUAUGUAGGAUACAUGGGUGUUAAUUCAGAUAUGUUGCAAAAUUAUACAACCUUACAGUGAUUUAUACCAUCACUUGGUGACAAGGUCCACAUGAAAUGUGCUUUUAGGUAAGGAUCCAGUAUGAGGUUGUCUAAUCUAGUAAUCAUACUAGUUCCAGUUUUAUUCUAUUUUAUUUUUAAUAUUAUUUUGGAAUUUCAAGUAUUCAAAAUCUGAGUUUCAAAAUAUUGUUUGCCUUUCCCUUUAAUCAAUCUUUAAAUACAGUUCCAGGUCUAGACUGAAUGUUUGAUCGAAUGAGGACCAUAGGAAUGCAUGGCCUAGAAUGUCUUUUAGCCUUAAUUGGAUUAACAACAUAUGCCAACACUGCAGUCCUAAAUAUGUUUACAUUUACACAGAGGCAGGUUAAACUGAAUUCAGUGGAUCUCUUCCAGCAAAAACAGGAGCAUGUUGUUAAAAGCAAAGCCAUCUCACCACGAAGGAGGGGCUUUCUAAAGGUUGGAAGCCUGGACUGUAGAAAAAAAGGCAGUUCCCAGUGCAACAGUGUGUAUGUGUGUGUGAGAGUGCAUGCUUGGACGCUGCAGAAGCACCACUAAUUGUGCCAGUGCAACCCUUGGGAUCCUUGGAAAUAAUACAUUUACAGUGGUAUCUCUGGUUACAAACUUAAUUAAUUCCGGAGGUCUAUUCCUAACCGUAAACCGUUCUUGACCUGAGGUACCACUUUAGCUAAUGGGGCCUCCUGCUGCCGCUGUGCCACUGGUACGCAAUUUCUGUUCUCAUCCUGGGGCAAAGUUCUUAACUCUUAUGUACUGAAGUUCUCACCCUGGGCCAGCAGGGGGAUACUGUAGAUAGUUGAGGUCCACAUAUGCAAAUAAGGGAUCAAAAGGGACGUUCAGUGAUUGGAUAGUUACAGAAAAUGGGUACUGUUGCGUUCUAGUGGAGCUCUAUAUAAGCAGGCUGGCUGAACCCUUCAGUUCAGUUCUGUUCUGGCCUGUGAAUAAACAAGAGCUAUUUGAAGAAUUGCUGUGUCGUCUGAUAUGUUCACCCACAACUUAACAUUACCCAAGGUACUACUUCCGGGUUACUGGAGUCUGUAACCUGAGGUGUUUGUAACCCGAGGUACCACUGUAUUAACUCAUUCUUUGUCUAGAGGGUGAUGCUCUCUUCACUAAUAUAUGUAACCGAAUUGCGUGCCAAAGGCAUAGGGAAGAACCAGCCCUCCCUACUCUUGUGAUCAUUUUGUCUAGUUAGACCAGUGCAAAGAACUGCUUUUAGUGGUAAUUUUUUUUCCAGAAUUGUGAGCUGCAGUAAAACAUUUUUUAAAAAAUCCACCCCUUUCUUCAACCCUUUUGCACUGUUUUAACUAGCCAAAGCUGUUUGGAGGAUGAGCCAGUGUGUGUGGCGGCUUCAGGAUUAAGCAGUUUGGUACCAUCCAGGUUCCCUUCCCGCCCAGUAGUGAAACUCACAGGUAGCCAUGGACAAAUCACUCUCUUUCAGCCUAACCUACUUAAGGGAGUUGUUGCAAGCACAGAAUGCACGGAAGCAGCAGUGGUUAAAAACAGGUUAACAAGAGACAACAUGACAGCAGAAUCCAUCUCUGUGUAUAUAAAUCCUACAGAGAAUGUAUUAUGCUUUUUACAGGCCCCAUGACUGCCACCUGCUAACAUAUUGA